CCAACGGAACGGAACAGCCGCGCAGCGCGAAAAUAUUUCCCCGGAACGCUCGUCCGCCUGCUCGUUGGGGAAUGCAAAACAAUUAAAAGGCUUAAGAGAAAGCAACAAAAAGAAAGAUAUAUAUAUAUAUAUAUAUAAUAAGAAGAUCCCAGUCAGAUCCAAGGCAAGGGAGUGUGAGUGGAGUUAAUUAGCCAGAGCCGGAGAGCCAAGAACCCAUUCGGGGACCAUCUCUUCUUCAUUGAGUGCAAACGAACUGCGGGCGUUUCGAUUUUUGGUUUCGUUCCGCGUGCAUUUUCUUAACUAUUAAUUGACCCCGCCGGUCAAUGAGUUUGACUAUCAUCGAAAUAAGAAGGAAAAUAAUUAAAUAUCUAUACGCAAUAGAUAAUUUGUGACGAUCUUACAUAAAUAAUGACGUCGCAGGGCGAUGACAUCCCGGCGGAGACGGAGACCGAAGCCUCCUCUUCGCCGAAAAAGGACAAGACCAAGGAGAAGGCUCAGCCCAUGAUUAGCUACAGGGAACUCUUUCGAUAUACUGAUGGCUGGGAUUAUGUCCUGCUGCUGUCUGGCUUAGUGGCGGCUUUACUGCAGUCCCUGGUCUAUCCCAUUGCCAUUGUGGUCUACAGCGAACUGGUGGCCAUGUUCAUAGACAGGACCCUGGGACAGGGCACCAGUUCGGACACCAUUGGAUUGCCUCUCUUUGGGGGAGGGAAAAUACUAACCAAUGCCUCGUACGAGGAGAACAUGCAGGAGCUGCGCAAGGACAGUGUAUCCUUCGGCAUCCUUAUGACCCUAAAUACUCUGUUGAUGCUGUUUUCUGGGGUGUACUACGUGGAUGCCUUCAACAGAUUGGCCUUGAGAAUGACUGUCAAGAUGCGCAGGGAAUUCUUCAAGGCCACCUUGAGGCAGGAGAUUGGCUGGCAUGAUAUGGCCAAGGAUCAGAACUUUGCUGUGCGCAUUACAGACAACAUGGAGAAGGUGCGCAGUGGCAUAGCCGAGAAUCUGGGUCAUUAUGUGGAGAUUAUGUGUGAGGUCAUCAUCAGUGUGGUUCUGUCCUUUAUUUAUGGCUGGAAACUGGCUCUGGCCAUUGUGUUUUACAUACCUUUGACACUGUUUGUCAACUCAGCAGUGGCUCAUUACCAAGGCAAGCUCACUGCCAAGGAGCAGAGUUCCUAUGUCCGUGCCAGUUCGGUGGUGGAGGAGGUCAUCGGAGCCAUUCGCACGGUGGUGGCCUUUGGAGGCGAACGAACUGAAUCCGAGAGAUACGACUCACUUCUGAAGCCCGCCCUUAAGGCGGGCAAAUGGAAAGGCGCCUUCUCCGGCCUAAGUGACACCGUGAUGAAGGCCAUGUUGUUCAUUACGGGUGCCGGAGCCUUCUGGUACGGAGCCAAUUUGAUUCUAUACUACCGGGAUCCCAACAUACCCAUCAACGAACGGGAAUACACCCCGGCGGUAGUUAUGAUCGUGAUAUCGGGCAUUAUAGUGAGUGCCAAUCAGAUCUCCCGCACUUCCCCGUUCCUCGAGACCUUCGCCAUGGCCAGGGGAUCGGCCUCGGCCAUCUUGGAGGUGAUUGAUCGUCCCUCCCUUAUCGAUCCUUUGUCCAAGGCCGGAAAAAUCCUAAACAUGGGUCUCAAGGGCACCGUGGAGUUUCGUGAUGUAUUCUUUCGCUAUCCCGCCCGCGAGGAUGUGAUUGUCCUGCGAGGUCUCAAUGUGGUCGUGGAGGAGGGUCAGACGGUGGCCUUGGUGGGACCUUCGGGUUGUGGAAAAUCCACUUGCAUCCAACUGCUGCAGCGCUUCUAUGAUCCGGUUUUCGGUCAAGUGCUGUUGGAUGGAGAAGAUGUGCGGAAGUACAACCUCAACUGGCUGAGAUCAAACAUCGCUGUGGUGGGCCAGGAGCCGGUGCUCUUCCAGGGAACCAUCGGGGAAAAUAUCCGACAUGGAAAGCCGGAUGCCACGCAGAAAGAAGUCGAGGACUCGGCCAAGGCAGCCAAUGCUCAUGAUUUUAUCAUAGCUUUGAAUAAGGGCUACGAAACGGAUAUCAGUGAGAAGGGUGUCCAGCUGUCUGGAGGACAACGCCAGCGUAUAGCUAUUGCCCGUGCACUCAUCCAGCAGCCCAAGAUCCUGCUGCUGGACGAGGCCACAUCUGCCUUGGAUUAUCACUCUGAGAAGUUGGUUCAGGCCGCACUGGACAAGGCCUGCAAGGGCAGGACCACCCUGGUGGUCUCCCACCGCCUCUCUGCCAUCAGGCAUGCCCACCGCAUCGUUUACAUCGACAACGGUAAGGCCGUGGAGCAGGGCAGCCACGAGGAGCUGAUGAAAUUGGGUGGGUUCUACCACAAAAUGGUCACCGUUCACUCUUACGAUGACUCCGCUGAGGAGCUGCUCAACGAGCUGGAGGAAGUCGCCGAGGCAAAAGAGCGAAAAUUGUCCUACGAAGUGGAAGGUUUCCAUCUGGGCACCACCCGCAACUCCAUAGUGUCGCUGGAGAAGAACGCCGAGUUCCAGAUGAAGAACAUAAAUGGUCUAGUUAUGCCCACCACCACGGUGGAGGAGGAGUUUGAGGAGAUUCCUCCUGGAAAUUAUAUCCACACCUUCUGCCGCAUUUUGGGUUGGGCGCGACCCGAAUGGAGUUUCCUUAUCAUAGGCACCAUUUGUGCCGGAAUUUAUGGAGUGACCAUGCCAGUGUUCUCCAUUGUUCUGGCCGAGUUGUAUGGUUCGCUGGCCAAGCCCACGGAUGAGGAGGUACUCGACCAGAGCGCCUCUAUGGCCAUUAUCUCAUUGGUUAUAGGUGUGGCUGCUGGCGUAGUUUGCUUCAUCCAGACGUUCUUCUUUAAUCUGGCUGGAGUCUGGUUGACCAUGAGAAUGCGCUCCAAGACCUUCAGCAGUAUAAUGCACCAGGAGAUGGGCUGGUUCGAUCGCAAGGAUAACAGCAUAGGAGCUCUUUCGGCCCGACUUUCUGGCGAUGCGGCCAGUGUCCAGGGCGCCAUAGGUUUUCCGCUGAGCAACAUCAUCCAGGCGUUCACCAACUUCAUCUGCAGUAUUUCCAUUGCCUUUCCCUAUUCCUGGGAACUGGCUCUGAUCUGCCUCAGCACCUCGCCCUUCAUGAUUGCCUCAAUAGUGUUCGAGGCGAGAUUCGGAGAGAAAUCGGCUCUGAAGGAGAAGGCGGUGCUGGAGGAGACCAGUCGGAUAGCUACCGAAACUAUCACUCAGAUACGGACAGUGGCAGGACUCCGAAGGGAAGAGGAACUGAUCAAAAUAUAUGACAAGGAAGUGGAGCGAUAUCGAGUGCAGAUCUUGAGCCGACUUAAGUGGCGAGGGCUGGUGAAUUCCCUGGGAAAAUCCCUCAUGUUCUUUGGCUAUGCGGUGACCCUGACCUAUGGAGGACACAUGUGUGCCGAUGGCAAUAUCAAAUUUGAGACCAUUAUGAAGAUAUCCAACACGAUGCUUUAUGGCCUAUUUAUACUGGCCCAAUCUCUGGCCUUUACACCCGCCUUCAAUGCCGCCCUUCUCUCCGCCAACCGCAUGUAUGAGAUUAUUGAUCGCAAGCCACAGAUCCAGUCUCCAGAAUCCUUUGAGAUUCAACAGAAUGGCAACGGAACUGCUGCCUAUAAAACCAAUGUCGUUCAGCAGGGCGUCAGCUACAGAGGACUUAACUUUGCCUAUCCCUCGCGGCCCCACCAAAAGGUCCUGCAGAACUUCAAUCUGGACAUCACGCAGGGUCAAACGGUGGCUCUGGUGGGUGCCUCCGGUUCUGGUAAAUCCACCUGUGUGCAACUAUUGAUGCGAUACUAUGAUCCGGAUGAGGGGAAGAUUCUCAUUGAUCAGGAGAGCAUCCACCAUGAUAUGGAUCUGAAAACCCUGCGGCGACGCCUUGGCAUCGUGUCCCAGGAGCCUUCUCUCUUUGAGAAAAGCAUAGCGGACAAUAUAGGGUAUGGAGACACCUCACGAAAGGUUCCCAUGCAGCAGAUUAUUGAAGCAGCCAAGAUGGCCAAUGCCCAUGAGUUUAUCAUGUCCCUGCCAGCGCAAUAUGAAACGGUUUUGGGCUCCAAGGGAACCCAGCUCUCCGGGGGACAGAAGCAACGCAUAGCCAUUGCCAGGGCAAUGGUGAGGAAUCCCAAGAUCCUGUUGCUAGAUGAGGCCACCUCAGCCCUGGAUUUCCAAAGUGAAAGGGUGGUCCAGCAAGCCCUGGACUCGGCAUGUUCAGGCCGCACUUGCAUCGUGAUAGCCCAUCGACUGUCCACCAUCCAGAAUGCCAAUGUGAUUUGUGUGAUUCAGGCCGGCAAGAUAAUGGAGCAGGGCACUCACUCACAGCUUCUGGCCAAGAAUGGCAUUUACUCCAAGCUGUAUCGCAGCCAGACGAAGGCCUCCUAAGAUUCCAAGCCCAGAAAUAGGCAGUACAUAUUCUAGCUAAUAGUUGAGACCCAAACCAAACGAUUCUGGCCAUAAGCAAUAAAGUGUUAGGAGUAGACGAUAAAUAAAGAUAAUAAUUGUUUACAAAAUUAAACAAAAGAAUAUA